AUGGUCUAUGGUAUUUUUUCUAGUGUUACGUCUGUUUGUCUGUGCUUUAAGGCUGCAAAUUUACUCAGAAGAUCGACCACGCCACUAGAAAUCGUUUGGCAUCCCGAUAAGAUUUCUGGCCCAAUUGUAUAUAAUAAAAACAAACCCCCCAGUAAUCGAAUCAAUUCAGUUGAAGCCAUUAUGAAGACUACAGUGGGAAUUGUUGUUCUGUUGGCUCUGGGAGCCCUGGGAAGCCCCAUCAAUCAACGGCUUUCUCUGGUCCAAGAUGACGCCGGCAAUCUACAUUUAGUUAAUCCGGAUCCGUAUACCGUAAUCGGAGAAGAACUGGAACCAUUCUUCACUCCGGAAACUGACGUUAUUUUCCGGUUGUUCACCCGAGCUAAUCCAGUUCAUGCACAAGUUUUGCAAUGGAACAACCCGGCCUCGGUGAGCAACUCUAACUUCAAUCCUGCCAAUCCAACUCGGUUUACCAUCCACGGAUGGAACGGAGGCGAAACCUCCGGACUGCAUGCCAAUAUUCGUCAGAACUACUUCGCCGUUGGUGACUUCAACGUGAUUAGUGUCGACUGGGGUGCAGGAGCGAACACAAUCAACUACAUCACCGCUAGAAAUCGCGUGGCCUCGGUUGGAGACAUCAUUUCGCGGAUGGUUAACACAUUGGUUUCGGCGGGUAUGUCACGGAAUAGCGUCAGUUUGAUUGGUCACAGCUUGGGAGCUCACGCCGCCGGUAGUGCUGGCAAGAUACAGGGAGGUCAGCUUCAGACGAUCAUCGGACUUGACCCGGCCGGUCCUUUGUUCUCGCUGGGUCAGUCUGAUAUUAUGGAACCGAGCGACGCCCAGUACGUGGAGGCCGUAUUCUCCAACGCUGGAACGCUAGGAUUUGAUUCACCGCUUGGCGAUUCAAACUUCUAUCCAAACGGGGGUCGUUCCCAGCCCGGUUGUGGUAUCGAUAUUGCCGGUAACUGUGCGCACUCCCGAGCUCAUGAACUGUUCGCGGAGUCGGUUUCGUCAACGGUAGGCUUCCGUGCCACCCGAUGUGCGUCCCACAACGAGGUGACGGCCGGUAAUUGCACUCCAAGUGGGGCCGAUGCCCGAAUGGGAGGCGAGCCCUCUAAUCAUGGUCGAGGAGUGAAUGGGAUAUUUAGGUUCAACACGAAUUCCGCUAAUCCGUUUGCCAUGGGAUAAAUAGUUAUCUCCAUUAACUAUGUGGCGUGAUAAGUAUGUGUAAUGACUGAUUAGAUUAUACGAGUAAAUAAAAUUUAACACACAAGAUAUCAAGGGAUUAUUCUAUUAUUAGCUUAGCUUAAGCUGAUUGUACCGCCUUUGUUCGCAAAUUUGUAACAAUCAAUCACAAAAGAGUAGGC